UGACGAAACCAAGGUACCGGUUAUAAACAAUAUGGCGGCCUACACAGGGAUUUAGCAAAAUACCAAUUUAAUAACUGUUUAGGUCUACAGUGUGUUAAAAUGCAUUUAAAAUAUCCACAUUCGAAAAAGUUUCUCACUUGGGAAGAGUUGAGCUGCCUUACCAGUGCUCUAGGGUAUCCCAAUGGAACUCUUCGUAACUGUAUUCCUGAUGACCAUAUAAUAAGAAAGGAUGGAGUUAGCUAUCGGGAAAUAUUGAAGUUAAUUGAUCUCAAGUACUUCAAUGAAGCACUCCACCUUUCUGUCAACAUGCACACAGCAGAUUACAACAUCAAUGUCCUGAGAAAAAGCAUGAACCUCAUAAAUCAUAGGUUUCUUACUUUUGAUGAGCUCAGUGAUGUGAGAGUUGCCUUCCAAGUUUAUGAAGCAGGAGACAUGAAAGGGAUGAUCAUUGAUAAACAUACACUUAUGAGAACUCUGAAGCUCUGUGGACGUACCAUAGCUCCAUUGAAACUGAUGCACAGGGUUAAACACAUGGAGGAGAGGUUGGAUGAGCCUGGUCGUAUCCAGUUCUAUGAAUUUCUCGACCUGAUUGUUCUGUGCUAUCUAUCCAAAGAUGUUGUUGUUCCUGAUCCUAGGGUAGGGCCAAUGGAGAAAACAUGGAGGAAAUUAUUUGAGCUUGAUGAUUUUCAGCGAGUUUUCUCGACCAGUGAUGAAAAGCUAGAAGACCAGCUGAACAGGGAGUUCAUUGGGACUGAGCGAAACUAUGGACAUGAGAUCCUUGGCAGCAAACGCAUUCCUCGGGAAUCAUCUGUUGAUCCAAGUCUUAGGAAAACUCAGGUGCGCUACCACUCGCGUCGCUACCAAGAACUCAAGUCUUCCCUCAAUAAAUCUACUGGUCAAGUCCAGAACACCAAGGCCGGCCACGUUAGAGCAAGACCGGUAUCAGCCCCAGGGAUCGACCAGUUCCGAGUGCCGGCCACACCCCCACCAAUCUUUGACACGCGCCCACAUACUGUAGCAGAGUCAACCAAUUCUGCACAUUUUAGCACAACAACUCGUUCCCUAUCUGCACGCUCAGACACCCUAAAGUCGGACGCAGAUUCCAUUGAUCCAAGGAUUAGACUACUUCAAGAAAUUCAUGACAGAAAAACCCUCCACUCUGCACCAUCUAGCAUCCAAACUGCAGGUCUGAGGUUCAAACCCCCACCAAGCAUGCUUCCCUCUGCCUUCCCUGGAGGACCUGGUGGUGAUAACGAGAAUAUGUUACCGUGGAAACAGAAGAAGAAAAAGCAGCGAAAGCGGACAGAAAAGAUUGUUGUUACCGAGGAGAAUGUGAAAGAAAGGCAAAAUAUACUUGACAGUCUGCAGUAUGAGAUUGAAACACUGGAGGAGCGGACCAUGCAGAGCCUUCAUUCCCAGCUGAAGGAACUCCUACCCCAUCACACAUUUAAGAGUGCAGCCCUCAAGCGAAAAGAAGCUGAAGAAAUUGAGAAUGCGAGGUUGGCUAAGAUUGAAGAAGAGCGGAUGAGGAGGCAGAAGAAAAGAGAGGCCAAGAAGGCAGCUAUUGAUUCACUGGAGAAGUUGGUUCACCCAAAUCCUAGAGCUCUCAGCAUUCUCCAUGACCGUAACUGUGAUGCACGCAACCAGGCCUUUGUGGGAACCCGUCAAGACCGUCGAUUCCCGCUUGGAAAGUCACCUGCAAAACCGCUGCUUACGCUUGAUGGUCAAAAGUUGGCGAAUGAGAGUGAAGUUUCCAUCCGGCUGGACAAGAAUACCCUGACCGGUGAUAAUAUGAGUUCGGCAGGUAGUAUGGAAGAUACGGCCAGCAGUAUAGCGCAGACUACAGAUAUUGUACACCAUGCUGGGUUGCUACGUCAGAGUAGGAAUGCUAGUCAGACACCCUACGAUCCAACUAAGUUCCGGGAGUCCAGGAUGGGUACUGUUGCUCUCCUCCAUGACUACUUCCACAACAGUGAGACAGCUAGCGAGGGUAUCGACGAAGGCAUCGGGACAAUGCCUCCCAGCACCAACAAGCUGGAUAGCAGAGAGAACGAGUCCAAAGCAACGAACAAAGACGCGGAAGCUCAGAAGGAGGAACCAAACUCUGAUAAUCCCAGGAGAUCUAUCUCAGAGUCUGGUCCCCGCAAAAGUUCUGUGAACUCUGACGAAGGGAAGUCAAAAUCGCGGAAGCCAGUCAGUCGUAGGUUCCGCUCACCCGUGGCUCAGAAUCUGCAGUUUGAGCGUACCAAGUUGACGCGGAAGAUCCAGGUUGGGGAAGAAGACGAGCUGUUCCUCCAUGGGUAUCCUCUGAGUGAGAUUGAUAGGUUGACCUUUAAGAGUGGUGAUGAACAAGUCAUGGGUUCAAACCUCCUCAGUGAUAGCUUCUCAGACUUCAACAGUAAGGAUGGAGAGUAAUCCAUUGACUACUGACACCUGAUGGUCCCUGUACAAAGCCUAUGGGAUUGACAGAAUUCAGUAGUCAACAGGUUAACCCAUUCCUUACAGGAACCAUGUGAUCCCUGUACAAAGCCUAUGGGAAUGACAGAACUCAUUAGUCAACGAAUUGCCUAUUGGAACUGGUUGGUCCCUGUAAAAGCCCUCUUUCUUUCAGUGUUAUAUCAACAGGGUAUAUAGCUUCUUCUGUCAUCACUGAUUGAAUAUUCUUUGAUGUCUAUGAAAUUAUAAUAUAUUUUAUAGUUGUGUGCAGCUGAAAAUGGAGUCUUUCUCCAUAUGUUAGCAGUUAUUUCAAAUUUACUUUGAUGUCAGUGGUGGAUCAAGCUGGAUAAGACACAGUACUUUGGACAACCAUAGUGCACAAACAAUAUGGUUUGUGAAAUUAUGUUGUGUUAAACCCAGCAGGAUGCACCACUGAUUUCUUUUUUACCCUAUUUUGGACUUUGUUUAUGAAUUCUUCCUUAAGUGUUUUAUUCCAUGAUAGUGAUAUGGCAUCAAAUGAAAGAUGUCAUGAAAAGUGUGUGAUAUGUGUGCAUUGUGUAUAAUGUUUAUGAAUGGGUUUAUAUUUGAUUAGUCCACAGCAAGUAGUCUACUUCUCAGACAUUAUUAGGGCUGAACCCACCUUUCUACUGUAAAUUUGGUCUAGUUACCAUCUGUUCUACUGGUCACUUGAUAUGACACCCACUAAGUCUAUUAUUUGGUCUAGUGCCCGAUUGGUCUAAUUCCACUUCGUUGGUCAAAUGAAGUUUGGUUCAUAAACAGAUCAUCUAAUUUUAUAAACUAAGUGGUAUUAAACCAAGUUGAUAGGAGACGAAAUGGAUAUAAGCCUAAUUAGAGCAUUGUGGCCCCGCGGAUUAGUAUCCAGACUUUGAAACAGAGGGUCAUGGGUUCAAAUCCCAGCCAUGGCGUAGUUUCCUUCAGCAAGAAAUUGAUCCAAAUUGUGCUGCACUCAACACAGGUUAUUGUUACCUGGCAGGACAUUAUUCGUUGAAAUGCUUGUGCAUUGCAAUCGGCUGCCAGGCCAGAGCCAGCAUUAUAUUCAAGUCAUGUAGAAGCACAUGCAUGUAGCUAGUUAUAUAUCAUGAAUUCAUGUUGUAUAAUAAUAAUAUGUCCAUUUAUAUAGUGCAGUUACUAUGUGCAUAUACUCAACUGCGCUUUGAUACUUGGU